UAGAAACACAAUUAUCAACAAAAACUUGUAUAUACACUGGCUAUUAUCCAGCUUUGUAGAGACUCACCAUGGCGGAUGAUGAUGAUAAACCAAAGAAGCACACCUUGGACACUCUCUUCAUGGUGUAUGCCAACUACCAGGUUAUACCCACGGAGAUCGAGAACGAAUUGUUCGACAGCAUACUGCUCUCCCAACUGGACGCCUGGCUGGAGCAGGCCAAGCUGAUGCCGAAUCCCAUAACCCGAACCCAAACCGGUCUCAUCUACAUGCGAUAUAAGAAAUGGCGCAUGGAGUAUGAGGACUUUCUGGAGGUCCUUCACCAACUGAGCGUGGACAACGACAUUCCUCUGGACGAGUUCAAGCAGACGAUGAUCGACGCUGGAAUACCGAGUGGUGCCACCGACAUAGUUAUCGUUAAAUAGUUCUUUUGGUUUUUCAAUCUCAUUUAUUUACAUAAAAAGUAGGCACACAACAAUUAAAUUUAAGUAACAAUUACAGAUAUAUAAUUUUGAUUAGUUUCCGAAAUUUUUGUGGUCAACAAAAGCCUCUAACCCCAUCCGGUUUAGUUUUCUUUUUUAAACAAAACACAAAGAUAAUAAUAGCAAGCAUUAAUCAGACACUGAGAUUACAAAUAAAGGGGGGGAAUAAGUUAGUUGGAUAUAUGGACUGAUAUUUGCUUAGUGGCUUAGAGCUUAUUGAUUAUUCGAUGAGUUACUGGUUCUGAUUUCCUUUCCCUGACUUCGGUUGGGCGAUUUCCGGAUCAUUAUUCGUCCGAUUGGCAUAAGUUCAAGCACCUGAACAAAUAGGGGUGCUUCGUUGGCAUUUACAAAAAUAUAAUGCUUUUGCAUUCAGAAUUAUAUAUGGAUAUGGUAACUAUGGGCAUUAAGUUUAAUAUUCUAUGUGGCUGAUGAUUGUUCGAGUUGCUCGUUGCUCUCGUCAGGUAAUAAUGCACUUUUCAGUUUGUACUGGCAAAUUUCCGGCUCUCUUAGUCAUCCCUCCAGAACCGCCGUAGUGAUGUAUAUAUAUAUAUAUAUAUAUAUAUAUAUAUAUUAGAG